GAUCUGCAGCAUUCUUCAAACCUUAAACCUUGAGGACACGCCUCAUUUCCCAAGGGGACAGGAAGUUUGACAUCUAAGAGUGCCACCAGAAUCUGACGCCACUACAACGGACGGACGCGUGCACAAGACCCUGGCAAAAAUGACCUCCCAUUGUGACACACGGGCCGAAAAGCAGUUGGAGUGUCCCGUGUGCAAACAGGUGCUAACUGACCCGGUUACCACACCUUGUGGACACAACUUCUGCCAAGCUUGCCUCCAGCACAUUUGGGACAACAGCAACGUGUGCCGCUGCCCCGCCUGUGACAAGGCAUUUGCAGACCGACCUGAAAUCAGCAUCAAUGCCGCCUUUAAGGAGCUGGCUGACACCUUCAGGAAAAUGACAUUUCUCGGCUCCUCCUCUUCAUCUUCGCUGUCAUGCACCGCUGAAGACGGUCAGGUGACUUGCGACGUGUGCGCUGUUGCCUCCCUGUGGGUGCCUGCGAUCAAGUCCUGCUUGGUGUGUCUCACUUCGUACUGCCACGCUCAUCUGGAGCCCCACCGUAGGGUCGCCACAUUAAGUGUGCACAGGCUGAUGGCGCCGGCCGCCGACUUGCAGGAUCUUCUGUGCGGUAAACACAAUAAACUCCUGGAGAUGUUCUGUCGGGACGAGCAGCAAAGUGUGUGCCAGUUCUGCGCCGAGACUGAGCACAAGGGUCACCAGGUUGUUCAGAUCGAGGAGGAAGGCGAGAAGAGGAAGGUCCAGAUUAAGAAGUUGGAGACAUAUUUUGAUCAGAUGACUCAGGAGCGACAGAACAAAGUGGAGGAAAUCCAGAAUAAUCUCAAACUGAGCAAAAUCAGCGCAGAAGAGGAGAAGACAAAGAACGAGCACCUCUUUGCAUUUCUGAUUGGUUUGGCCGAAGAUAAACGGGCAGAGGUCACCACCAAGAUCGAUGAGAGGCAGAGGGCGAACGAGCAAAGGGCUGACAUUCUCAUAGGGGAGCUUCAACAGGAGAUGGUUAAGCUCCAAGAGAAGAAUGCAGAGCUGACAAAGCUGAUCGACUCAGCGGACUACCUGCACCUCCUCCAGAGGUUUGCCUCGCUGACAUCGCCUCCACCCACCAGAGCGUGGGCGGAGAUUAGUGUGCACCCUGAGAUCUGCUUGGGGACAGCAAGAAUUGCGCUGUCCCAGCUAGAAGCCGCAUUGAGCAGCGAGCUGCAGACGGUGAAAACAGAUGAGAUGAAGAGAAUGCAGAGUUACGCAGUGAACGUGGAGCUAGACCCGGACACCGCUCAUCCCAACAUUUUUCUGUCGGCUGAUGGCAAGCAGGUGGGCCGUGCCGAGCCGCUGCACGUCGUGCCCGACAAACCUCAGCGCUUUGAUCCAGUUAUCUGCGUUGUGGCCAAAAGAGGCUUCUUGUCUGGAAGGUUCCACUUCCAGGUGGCUGUGGUAAACAAGACCUUUUGGGACCUGGGCGUGGUCAAAGAAUCGGUCAAAAGGAAGGGCCAAAUCACCUCCAAGCCAGAGACCGGCUUUUGGACGGUGCGUCUGAGGGACGGGGUCGAGUACCGUGCUCUUGAUUCACCAUCAGUCCUUCUGACCCUUAAUUCGAAACCACAGACUAUCGGUGUGUUCACUGAUUAUGAAGAAGGGACUGUGGCGUUCUUCGACGUGGAUACUCGGUCUCACAUUUACACCUUUACUGGGUGUGUGUUCUUGGAGAGAGUUUUCCCAUUUUUUAGCCCAGGAAUUUGUGACGAUGGGAGGAACAUGGCGCCGCUGAUCAUCACGACGCUGGGUCACCAAAAAGAGGCUCCUUGACCAAGAACAGAUCCAAUAUAUACUAACAAUGUUUUUGAUCCACCAUUCACACCAUCCCCACAUCACUGAGUUAGUUUGAUUCAGAAAUUAAUUCCCUGCCUAAAAUAUGGUGCCUUGACACAGAAGUGUACAGCAUGCGCUUAAGUGUAAUGACUUUGAACAUUGAAAUGUUCACCAAUGCAUCAAUGUCAAGACAUGGUGACUACACAGAAGCAUAAACAAAGCUUAACUCCUAAAGUUGUGUGCUAAGGUGUGUUUGUAAAAAUUGUUAGCCCUCUUUCAUACUUUGCAAAUAGCCAAUCAAAAUGAAUGGCAAACACCAUAAUUUCAGUAUAAAAUCUGUGUGAAUUGUAAAUUGAUUGAAACUGAAAAAGAUGCUCAAACAGUCAUAAAUACACAACACAUUC